AUGUCUACCAAUAACUUACCCAUUCUAACGAAGCCAAACGGCUCCGCUUCCAACCAGGUGACACCAGUCCCUGUAGAACCGACUCGCAGUCUGACUAUCCAGACGAAAAGAAGGAUGUCGAUCAUCCCACCACCGAUUGAUCCACUCGAGCAACUGGUGUGCGUCGUCUGCAUGGAGGAAUCCAUCCCUCCACACAUGCUCUCUGAUAUUCUUAACGAAGCAUACACGAGUGACCAAAGUCUUCCACGGGUCCUGAUUCUCUUAGACACCUACUUAUUCUUCGACCUCGAUUCCUUGACUCUCGAAUCAGCCACUAUUCCCCCGGUCGACGACAUGUUCUGCUCGCCUUGCGUGGAGAUGGAUGUUGAGACGAUAACGGAACUUAUAACCACCAACUGCCAAGAAAGUAUCCUCAGUACGAGGCUAUUUUUCAUUGCGGAUGAUCUCACGGCCGCUACAGAAACACUCCGGAAAGUUGAGGUGGGUAAGACGCUGGAUUGGCAGAGUUCUCGGGUCGCAUGGAGAGAUGCGAACGUUGUGGCUGCCAAAUGGACGCAAGGAUAUGUUUCUGGUAUGAAUAGCAAUGCUUGCUAUUGA